GAGUGAGGGGGACGAGUAACGAGGAGGGGAAUUAACUCGCGCCAUAGACCGGAGCGUCAGUACGCAUCUACCCGCUGUUAUUUUUUGGUUCCCCGUGCAGGCAGCUCGCUCGCUCGCCACGAUGAGAAGCGACUUCGCGCUGGUUCUGACUGCGGCGCUUCUGCUGGACUCGUUCUGGAGGAAUAAUGGCGAGCGCGCUUCCGAAGGUCCUUGCCGACCCGGCUUCUCUCGAAGCUUCUACUCCCUGCUGAUUUCAAGGGAUGUACUGCGAGGCCGGGGCAUACGCAAAGAUACCGCGCUGCCAUCGCAGAAAGUGGAGUUCGACGACUGCGCGGGCAACGACGCUGUGGUUUUCCGGAGCAGCGACCCAAACUUCGGCGCGCGAGCGGACGGCUCCAUCUUCGCCCGGGCGGAGGGCGCCGGCCUGGACCGGCCGGUCCAGUUCAAGCUGACGGCGAGCGGCCCGCACACGGGCGCCUGGGAGACGGUGGUCCAGCUGGCCCUAAUCGAGCCUCCAUCACUUCGGCUCCACGGAAAUGAGGUCACGGAGGGGAAGGCCGCGGCGAGGAAGGAGGCGGAGGAGGAGCCGUCCCGAGCCCCGCCCCCCGUCAUCACGUUCUCGGGCUCCAGGCCGAACGGCUCCAAGGGUCUGCGGAGGCAGAAGAGGGACUGGGUGAUCCCGCCCAUCAACGUGGCGGAGAACUCUCGAGGACCCUUCCCCCAGAUGCUCGUCAGCAUUCGCUCCGACCAGGACAAGGACAUCUCCAUCAGAUACAGCAUCACCGGGGUGGGGGCGGACCAGCCGCCCAACGAGGUGUUCAACAUCGACCCCGUGCUCGGAAAGAUGUUCGUCACCAAACCUCUCGACCGAGAGCAUCGCUCUUCCUACCACCUGCGAGCCCAUGCCGUGGACAUGAACGGGAACCAGGUGGAGAACCCCAUCGAUCUGUACAUCUUCGUCAUCGACAUGAACGACAACAGGCCCGAGUUCAAAAACCAGGUCUACAACGGCUCCGUGGACGAGGGCUCAAAACCAGGAACCUACGUGAUGCACGUGUCGGCGUUCGACGGCGACGACAACACCACGGCCAACGGGAUGGUGCGCUACCGAAUCCUCUCCCAGAUGCCGCACAGCCCCAUCCCCAACAUGUUCACCAUCAACAGCGAGACGGGGGACAUCGUGACCGUGGCGCCGGGGCUCGAUCGAGAGAAAGUCUCGCAGUACACCAUCAUCGUGCAGGCCACCGACAUGGAGGGCAACCUGAACUUUGGCCUCUCCAACACGGCCACGGCCAUCAUCACCGUCACGGACAUCAACGACAACCCGCCCAUGCUGACCUCCAGGACCUUUUCCGGCGAGGUCCCGGAGAACCGAGUGGACCUGGCGGUGGCCAAUCUGACGGUGAUAGACGCCGACCAGCCGCACUCGCCGAACUGGAACGCCGUCUACCGGAUCAUCAGCGGGGACCCGUCGGGGCACUUCACCAUCCGCACCGACCCGGUCAGCAACGACGGCCUGGUCACCGUGAUGAAGCCGGUCGACUUUGAGAUGAACCGGGCCUUCAUGCUGACGGUGGUGGUGUCCAACCAGGCGCACCUGGCCAGCGGCAUCCAGUCGGCGCUCCAGUCCACCGCCGGGGUCACCAUAUCCGUCCAGGACGUCAACGAACCCCCGUACUUCCCCACCAACCCCAAACACAUCCGCUUUGAGGAGGGCGUCCCCGCCGGCACCAGCCUGACCACCUUCUCGGCCUCCGAUCCCGACCGACUGCAGAUGCAGCAGACGAUCAGGUACUCGAAGCUGAGCGACCUCGCCGACUGGCUGUCCAUCAACAGGACCAACGGGCAGAUCGUAACCACGGCGAUGCUCGACCGGGAGUCCAUCUAUGUGAAGAACAAUAUAUACGAAGCUACAUUCCUGGCAACAGACAAUGGCUCUCCGGCAGCCAGCGGAACGGGCACGCUGCAGAUCUACCUGAUAGACAUUAACGACAACCCCCCGGCGCUCAUACCCCGGGAGUCUCAGAUCUGCGAGCGGGUCAACAAGAACGUGCACGGCGUCAACAUCACGGCGGCCGACGCCGACACGGACCCCAACGCCGGGCCUUUCGUCUUCGAGCUGCCGAACUUCCCCAGCAGCAUCCGACGCAACUGGACCAUCUCUCGGAUCAGCGGGGACUUUGCUCGCCUGGGGCUGCGGUACCAGAUAUACUUGGAGCCGGGGGUGUACGAGGUGCCCGUGAUCGUCUCCGACUCCGGGAACCCGCCUCUGUCCAACAGGUCGGUCAUCAAGGUCAAGGUGUGUCCCUGCGACGAGCACGGAGACUGCACCACCCUGGGGGCCGUGGCGGCCGCCGGCCUGGGGACCGGCGCCAUCAUCUCCAUCCUCAUCUGCAUCAUCAUCCUCCUCAGCAUGGUGCUGUUGUUCGUGGUGUGGAUGAAGCGCAGAGAGAAGGAGAGACACACCAAGCAGCUGCUCAUCGACCCCGAAGACGAUGUCAGAGACAACAUCCUCAAAUACGACGAAGAGGGAGGCGGAGAGGAAGACCAGGACUACGACCUGAGCCAGCUGCAGCAGCCCGACUCCUUGGAGCACAUCAUCAGCAAGCCCCCCGGGGUCCGCAGGGUGGACGAGCGUCCCGUCAUCCCCGAGUCACAGUACCCCAUCAGGCCCGUGGUGCCGCACCCCGGGGACAUCGGGGACUUCAUCCACGAGGGUCUGCGGGCAGCAGACAACGACCCCACAGCUCCUCCCUACGACUCCCUGCUGGUGUUCGACUACGAGGGCAGCGGCUCCACCGCCGGCUCCGUCAGCUCCCUCAACUCCUCCAGCACGGGGGACCAGGACUACGACUACCUCAACGACUGGGGCCCCCGCUUCAAGAAGCUGGCUGACAUGUACGGAGGAGGGGAGGAUUAGAUCCGACCACUCACACACGCACGCACACACACGCACACGCACACACACACACAGUCAGCUGGCCCGCCAUGCAGUGUCCCCGACACACACACACACACACACACACGCGCGCGCCCUGAUUGACCCCAAGUUAACAACGCCAUGUUCGCACCGACCAAUCAGACGAGCCGCUGCUGUGUUUUCGGGGGCUUUUUGUCCGCCGUCUCCUGCCGAGAGACUGAAACGGAAGAUCUGAAUCGCAGGCGUCUCACAGUUUGUACUCGCUUUCCUUUCUGGUCUGAUGCUCGGUUCAGGUUUUUGGUUUUUUUUUUUCAAAGUGGUUUUCCUUUACUGUGACUUUACUCCCGCCGUUCCCUCGCUCCCCCCGCCUGCCUCUCUGCAGGAGCUUUAGGUCUGUCUGAGGCAAACAGAAGAAGAACACAGAUAUGAAAGUCCUUCCUGGUUUCAUUUUCCUUAAAUAGAAGCACUGUCAUUUAAAGAAAAAAGAAAGGAAAAAGUGCCUUCAGUGGUGCGUAUUACAGCAGACUCCCGCUAACUCAGGAUCGGUUGCCAUUUUCUGGGCUUACAGGCCUCCACAUGACCCCCCCCUGACCCUUUAACUCAGACUCCUUCCCUUGUCGUUUUCUAUCGUCCUGCAGGGCUGGGGUGUCUGCGGGAGACGCCAGUGGCGAUUUGAGAGGAGCGCUGGCUGGCUUUGUGUAGGCGUACUGUGCGCGGCGGGCCUGCAAGCGCGUCUGUAAGUGGUGGACAAGUCAUUAACUCUUCACGCCGGCCCCGCCCGUGCUCGUAGAUCACGGGCGACUCGAAUGCGCGGCCGGCCCUCACAGAAAAAACCCAUUCCGGGGUGGGGGGGGGGGGGGGCGUCCGUUAGAAGAAAUGCAUUGUCUCUGUUCGUCGUGGCUUCAGUAGCAGCUGUGUUUGUUUCGAGCUGUCUGUAUUUGCACAAAAAAAAAAAGAAAACCUGCUCGUGACUAAACUUCCAAGUGUCACCUUUCUAAUGUCGUUGUGUGUGAAGUGCGUAUGAGGGUUAUUUAAGGAGACGGUGCCUUUAGGACCAUUUAACGUUGGCAUGUUUGUGGGACGACUGACUCGGCGCCGGCGUCAAAGAAGACGAUAUAAAGUGUUGAAACGCGAGGGGAGCGAAGAUACUUCAAACAGCUGUGAUAGCAUCACAUACAGCUGUGAGCCGAGAGCCCCAUUCUCAUAUCUCUGUUUUUUAUGGGGGGGGGGUGAUUUUGUUGAUUCACCGUUGUUUCCCAGCGAAACUUUUAAUGUACCAACUCCGGUGGCGUUCGCCGUCACAGGAGCUGUUGAAAUUGAGCCUCGGCCGAGGUUUCAGCGCCUUAACAAUCUGUCUCUCUCCAGCCAGCGCUGGAAACAGAGGAAGUCCGUUUACCAACUUCUGUGUUUUGUCCAAGGAGACCGAAAGGCGAACCAAAGCUUCAGCCGCAGCGCUUUAAGAGGCGCUUCUGUCGUGCGUCUAAGCGAAAACGCUCCGGCUCCUGUAAUCUCGUUCCAGACGCUGGAAAUGAAGAGUUUCAGUCUUUGUGUUCAAUCAUUCAAAUGUGCAGAACGCUGGUCGCUGAUCUGCAAGUAAGCGCGUUUCCCGCUGGACGCGGAUGGAGCAGAUCUAUUGAUUAUAAAUCUGCCCCCCCCUUAAACCCCCCUCCGUCUCAUUCUCCGCCAAUCGUUUCCCACCUGCUAGCAGUUCAGACGAAUAUCCAGAGAGUCCAUUCCCACAAAUAGUCAUUAGGAGGAAUGGAUUAAUGAGGGGGGGAUCUGUUGGGUGGGUGGGGGGGACAGACCUAAGGACUGGAGAGGAUAAACUCCCACAGAACAUCAUCACAAAAUAAACACAGCUGUUACUUUCUGCCAUUUGUGAUCAUUUCCGACGGCCCACAUUGUUGUACAUACAGAACAUCGUUUUUAUACAUUUGGUUUUAUCCGUUUCUGUGUUGUCGUUGCACUUUUUUUGAACCCCAGUUUUUGCUUUCACUCGGCAAGGUAUAUAUUUCACCACAAGAAGCCAUCGAAGAGAUUCUGAACGACUCUCUGACCCCGCUCGAGGUCGCCUCCAGCGCCCAGAGAAAAAGCCGCUCGCUCUCCUCUCGGCCUUACUGUACAUACGUGAGUGUUCUGUAUUCUAUGAGCGUCCGCGGACACCUCGGACCGGCUUCAGGGCCGAAAAACAUCGCAAGAGGCCCACACACACACACACACACACACUUUACACAAGGUAACUGACAACUGUAACAUGUCGCACAUCCCUACGUGACACAAGGACAUGAGACUGAAUGUUCUAAAGGACUCGCAGUGACACUCUGCCCGGUGUUAGUUAAAGGACACACACACACACACACACACACACAUACAGGGGAGGCUGCAGCAGACGGCAGACUUUUGUUCGUCGCGGCCCGGAAACCACAGAAAGACAGACGGACGGCAGCUUGGUGCGAGUCCUCUGCUCGCGUCCGAGUGUACAUAAUUUAGUAUUUGCUUGAAGCUAAACCGUUAGGCAAACUGUACCUGUACAAUUGGAGCUUUUUUGCAUGUGUCUUUUUAUAACGGACAGAUGAGUUCUAUUAGCGUAACCAUACAGCAUUCUCAAAAACGUCUCGCAGCCGGCAUGACCGAGGUUGCCCUCCAGAGGGGACGGGGGUGUACGAUACCGACGGGGUUUCGAACGGAGGAGGAAAUUUUAAAAAAAAAGCUGAAAAAGGGGGGAUUGCACAGUUAUCGAGUCGGAAGACGUUUUUUUUUUUGUAAAUUGUCAACAGCACAAAUAUUUUGUAUUGUUGUUUGUACUAUUUUGUAAGAAAAUUAGGAAAGAGAAAAAAAAGAAAAAAAAAGGGAAAGAAUGUGUUGUUUGAAGCGUGUGUUUAUAGUGCCACUGCAACCUUGGUUUCCAAAUACCGUACCGUUAAACGCGCCGCCUCGCAGAGCAACCGUGUAAUAUAGACGCUGAGCCCGGACUCCAUGUGUUAUAAAUAAAGAUGUCCCCCCCUUAUAAGAA